AUGCAGCAUAGACAGAUAGUGAAUCUGAUGGAAUGGCAGAAACAGGUUCAGAAUGAGAAUGUUGAUGCCAACAAUGGGAAGGUUAUAAUGACUGACGAGCAGUUGGAAACUCUAAGUAAACAAAUUGCCAACAAUGGGAAGAUUAUUAUGACUAAUGAGCAGUUGGAAACUCUGAGGAAACAAAUCGCAGCUUAUGCCAACAUUUCAGAGCAACUACUUCAGAAGCACAAAACACUCUCAGUUCAGUGCAAUCUUUCAGGUGGAAUAGUGGGAGAUAUAUGCAGUGACCCAUUAACCCACAAGAGGUGGACUCCGACACUCAAGCAGCUUCAGAUUCUUGGGCGAAUAUUUGAGGAGGGGAAGGGGAAGGGAAUUACAAACAAGGAAAAAAUCAUGGAGAUAACUGCUGAACUGAGCCAGCAUGGCCAAAUAUCUGAAAGAAAUGUUUAUAAUUGGUUUCAGAACAAGCGAGCUCGACUGAAAAGAAAACAGCAUAAUGUGACAGAGGGUAGCACUGAAUCAGAAAUAGAGAAGGAGGAAUAUCAGUCCCAACCUAAUGUAACUACAGAACUGAGCCAGCAUGGCCAAACAUCUGAAAGAAAUGUUUAUAAUUGCUUUCAGAACAAGCGAGCUCGACUAAAAGAAAACAGCAUAAUUUGA